CGCUGAUUGGUUGGUGGUAAAUUUGAAAGUGGCAGACACGCAAGUAGCGACUCGGCGCGCGUGAGAUACAAACAGUUUCCUGUGCUCCCAUAUUUUGAAUUUCGUCUAAAGAUCUUGGACUAAAACGUUACAGAAAGAAGACGUAUUCAACAUGAAGCCGACUCGGGGCAAGACUCCGAAGAAAACACCACGGCGACCCCAACAGACCAACAAGGCGAAGGACCCAGUUGAGGUUUACUGCCGCCUGAGGCCUCCCAGUGAUGACCAGACAGACUUGUGUGCUGAGGUCCUCAGUGAUGGAGUCCUGCUGCUCAGGCCAUCUGAGGCUGCUAGGGUCAACAGGAUAGGGGAGCUAAAAGAGACCCAGCACACCUUCAGGUUUGUGUUUCCUCCUGAGACGUCACAGAAGACUCUGUUUGACAUGGUGGCCCUGCCCCUGGUACAGGACGUCAUCCAGGGCAAGAAUGGGUUACUGUUCACCUACGGUGUGACAGGGUCAGGAAAAACCCACACGGUCCAGGGGACACCAGCUGACCACGGUCUGCUGCCCAGAUGUCUGGACGUCAUCUUCAACAGUAUAGGAGAACUGCAAGCCAAGAGAUAUGUGUUCAAACCGGACAAGGUGAACGGAAUGGACCUACAGACGGAGGCAGACGCCAUGUUGGAACGUCAGAGGAAGCUGCAACAGGACCUUCUGGUACCACCAAAAACCCCUACAACACCCCGCAGGAAUGCUGGUGAUGACUGGCAGAACUUCCCCUAUGUUGCUGACCCCACUAAAGUGGAGGCUGUGGAUGAGGACAAUGCGUAUGCUGUCUUUGUGUCCUUCAUUGAGAUUUACAACAACUACAUCUAUGACCUGCUGGAAGAGGCCCCCACAAGUGCCCCUUCCACACCCAGAGCACCAUUCAAAUUUCAGAGUGAUGAUGGCAAUGGCAUAGCGCCCCAGUCAAAGAUCUUGCGAGAAGACCUGAACCACAACAUGUACGUGUACGGAGCCACCGAGGUGGAGGUCAAGAACCCGGAGGAGGCGUGUGAACAGCUGAUUAAGGGACAGAAGCGGCGCCGCGUCGCGCACACCCAGCUGAACAUGGCGUCCAGUCGCAGCCACAGCGUGUUCCUGAUCCGAGUAGCCCAGGCUCCUCUGGACCCUGAGGGAGAGGAGGUUCUACAGGAUAAGGCGCAGGUCUGUGUGAGUCAGCUGGCCCUGGUAGACCUGGCAGGCAGUGAGAGAACCAACCGCACCAAGAACACUGGAGACAGGCUACGGGAGGCCAGUAAUAUUAACGCCUCUCUGAUGGUGCUGAGAACUUGUAUAGAGGUCCUGAGGGAAAAUCAGACAACAAACUCCAACAGGAUCGUGCCAUACCGGGACUCCAAAGUGACACAUUUGUUUAAGAACUACUUUGAAGGAGAAGGAAAAGUCCGGAUGGUGAUAUGUGUGAACCCCAGCGCCUCAGACUAUGAGGAAACUAUACAUGUGAUGAGGUUUGCUGAGCUGACUCAGGAGGUGGAGAUCACCAGGCAGAAGGAGGUCAGGUUUGACACAGGACUGGCAGCAGGCAGGCGCAGAGCUAACCAGAUGUAUAAAGAAGCUUUGGAGAAGUUUGAGAGAGGAGAACAAGAUGUUCACUUUGCGCUGCCAGGAAGACCAGGUUACACUCUGGGACCUCCAUGGCCUUGCUUAGAGCUGACUGCAGCGUCUGAUGACAUGACUCUUCAGAACCUGAUCCAGUUCCUGGUGGACAGGGAAGCCUGUCGCAGGACACUGUGUGAAGAUCUCAGCAGGAAACAUGAGGUUAUGCGGACACAGCUGCUUGACUUGGAGAAGAACAACAUAGUUCUCCGACAGGAGAUGGAGAGCCUCCAAGAACAGCUGUCUGGGAAGGGAAAGGAUCUGGAGAGAGCGAAGAAGAAGAUAGAAAACUUGGAGUACAAGAAUGAAGUGUUGCGCAGAACUGCUCAGCUGUAUGAUGAAGAGAAGAAGGAGAUGGAGAGUGAGUUGAAAAGUAAGGACCAUCAGAUCACCAGUCGCACAGCGGAGUCCAGGCGUCUGCGUCAGACCAUGAAAGCCAUAGAACAGACUAAAGACGCCAAGUGGGAGAAGGAAUGUGAGCGCAGGAUGAAGCAGCAGCGUCUGGAGCUGCAGAACAAGAUGUGGGUAAAGGAGGAGAAACUGCGUCAGCUGAAGGAGAUUGUUUCCAAGGAUGGAAAAAGGCGAGCAAAAUCCCCUCCUCCCAAGCCAACUGCCCCACCAGUGCGUUUAAACCAUCGCCGAUCUCGGUCUGCGUCUGGUGACCGCUGGCUGGACCACAAACCUGUCUGUAACCUGGAGACUGAGACAGUUCUGCAGCCGCAGCUGAAGAAGAAGAUGACUGUGUCUGUCCCAGAUGUCAAGAACAUCAAGAAGACAGACAAGUAUCUCCUGACUCAUCAGGAGGAAGACUCCCAGGGAGAAAUUGAGACUAAACUCAUCAAGGGGGAUGUGUUCAAGUCCCGAGCAGGAGGCCACAGUGUGCAGUUUACUGACAUAGAGGUGUUGAAGCAGCAGGCACCUCCUGAAAGCAGAAAGAGAAGUGCAUCUGAGGAUAUAGCAGAGGAGCACAGUGGUGACUGGACUGAUGUGGAGACUCGGUGUGCCAUUGCUGUUGAAGGUCAUGAUCGCAGGGCAAGUGCCAAGCGGCACAAGGUAUGAGGGGCACAGUGAUUCACAUCCAACACAACUCAUCUCACCACAAAAACAACUUGGCUUCAUUCUACCAAGAGAUGUGAUGUCAUUCUCAACUGGAUGAGCUUGUAGAAUACUAUUAAAUCCUAGAAAGGUCAAAGAGGGAAGCUUGUUUUUUCAGUCGUUCUCAUUAAGUUUGUAUUUAUAUCUUUAUGUGGUGACAAACUGUAUUGGUCUGCCAACUUAAAAGUUUUGUAUGUGGUCUCCGACCUACACAUC